UCCCCAUUUCUAUUAAUAGCUGUCAUGUGAUAUCUGUCACGUGGUUACUAUGCCAACCUGUAAACCAAAAUGGAGUACACAGGAAGCUCCUACGAAGGGGAUCGUAAAAAUGGAAGGUUGGAAGGAAAUAGUAAAUAUACCUUUCCGACUGAGACCAGAUAUGAAGGAGAAAUGAAAGAUGGAAUGUUCCAUGGAAAAGGAACACUGUAUUUCCCAAAUGGAAGCAAGUACGAGGCAACUUGGGAAAAAGGAUUAGCUAUAGAGGGUAAAUACACAUUUUCUGAUGGAUUACCAUAUGAAGAGGAGAAUUGGGAAUAUUGUGAUGGUUAUGACAGAAGAUUUUACACAGAGAUUAAAAAUGGACUCAAGCCAGCAGGUCGUUCUCAGUUGACCAAUCGUGUUCCCCCUCGUGAUAUACCAGAAGGCUGCUAUGAUUGUGGCGAUGGUUUCUACGAUCCAAAGACAAGAGUUGUUGUUGAUUAUAACCAAAAAUUCCUCAGAAAUGCAGAUGAUGAUGAACAUAACUGGAUUGUAAAAACUUGCCGUAAAGGAUGGGACGAAUACGUAGGAUUUAAGCAACAAGCCGUAGUGUGAUAGAUAUUGUGUGCAAUCAUUAUUUUAUAUCCUCAUUUUCAGUCAUUCCCUUUAUUAUGUUAGAAUACACCUCAGAACAUUUCUAUCUCCCAAUUACACUACAAUGAUUAUAGACAAAUCUUCCAUGGUAAAAAUGUUUCAUAUUAAAAAUUUAAAUGUAUAAAUAAACGUUUUGAGACAGUUAAGUAAUUUACAAGACUACAAAUGGUUAAAUAUUCAUAUGAUUUAAGAAUUCAUGUUUUAUAUUAUUUUACCAUACCUGUGGUAUAAACUGUUUUCAUUUUCUUUUUUUUUUUGUAAAUAAAAAUGUAAGAAAUGCCUA